AUGUUGGGUGAAGACAGUGAGCAUGAGGAAUCCGGCUUAUACGCAACUGACGAAACUUCCACAAAUGGCGAAGAGGAGGAAGCUGAUGAGGACUAUGAGGAAAAUGGAAACACCGAAGGUGAGGUUGAAAUUUGCAGCACCAUCGAUAUGUACGUUCUCAUAAACGUAUUCCGUAUACUGAACACGAAAAACACGUUUGUGAUAUUAGGGAAGUGGGGGCCGGUCAAGUAA